AUGAACAACAGAAGAAACAGAUUUUUUUGGCUAUAUGUCAUUACGAUUGCCCUUUUUUCCGUAAUAAUUUCUUUCUACACCAAAAACUCUUUCUACACCAAAAACUCAAACAUAAAUAAUAGAAUCGAUAUCCUUAGAAGGACCAUCGAGCAAAAUGGAAUUUAUGAUCUCUUUACUUUCUUAAACAAGAACUAUAACCCUCUGCUUAGUCAAAGUAAGCUUUCUUGUGAUGCCAAUAAAUGGAAGUCUCCACUCAUAGCAAAGUAUGGGGUGACGACUGUUUUGACCGUUGAUCAAAAGGGCUGUGGCAAGUUCAACACCUUUAAAAAGGCAGUGGAUGCUGUUCCGGAAAAUUCUCCCAAACCAACACUUAUAAUAUUUGAUUCAGGCACAUACACGGAGAAAGUCGAUGUGCCAAAAACCAAGACUAAUCUAAUAAUACAAGGCCAGGGUUAUCUCAAUACGUUUCUCUCUUGGAACGCCAAUGCAGCUUCAAGUAACGGCACUGUUUUCAGCUACUCUGUUGGCAUUUUUGCUCCAAAGUUCAUGGCUUAUGAUAUCAGCUUUAAGAACACAGCUCGUCCCCCAAACCCAGGUGAGAUUGGAGCUCAGGCAGUUGCGCUGAGAGUCGGGGCAGAUCAAGCAGCUUUUUAUAAUUGUGGCUUUUAUGGACAUCAAGAUACUCUCCAUGAUGAUCUAGGAAGGCAUUAUUUCAAGAAUUGUUUCAUUGAAGGAACCACAGAUUUUGUCUUUGGAAAUGGUAGAUCACUCUAUGAGAACUGUACACUGAAUUCGGUAGCAAGUGGCCCAGGGAUCAAUGGAGCAGUAGCAGCACAACAAAGAAGCUCAUUGGAAGAGAAAACGGGGUUUUCAUUUGUGAAUUGUAAGCUUGGAGGAAAGGGUAAUAUAUGGCUUGGGAGAGCUUGGGGUGUAUAUUCAACUACUGUUUUUAUAAAAACAUCAAUGACGGCAAUUGUUGCUCCUGAAGGAUGGAAUAACUGGAAAGACCCCUCUAGAGAACAGAAAGUUUUCUUCGGAGAACAUGCGUGCACUGGUCCAGGAGCAAAUCCCAAAGGUCGAGUGAAAUAUGCAAAACAACUUAGCGCUGCAGAUGCAAAACCUUACAUGGAUAUCUCUUACAUUGAUGGGAAUGAAUGGCUUCCUAAAGACAUUAACACUUAG